AUGGCCUCCGAACAAAGAGUCCCUGCCCCUCCAUCCUUCGUAAAUCUUACUCCCAAUGCGGUACUAGCCGAGACCGAAAACAUCCUUAACUCGACCUCAGCUCUGCACGACGAUCUCGCCGCUACAUUCACACCCCCAACAGCAACCUUCAACGAUGUUAUCCGCCCCAUCGUGGAUGACACCAACCGCGCCGCAUGCCGCCUGCGCAUUCUGACGACACUACUGGGGCAGUUAUCACCGGACAGGGAACUUUGUGAUGCCGCCCGUCAAGCAGAAACACGUGUCGCAGCAGCUCAAGUCAAGAUCUUAAUGCGACCUGACAUUGCAUCCCUAGUGGGAGCGAUAUACGAAAGAGAAAAGGCAGCGCCGGAUGGGAACUUAGAUGGACAAGAUCGGCAUUUGCUUACUCGCAUGCAUGGCCAGUAUCUACGUUCUGGGUUGCUUUUACGAGACAACAAGGAGCGGAAAGAGCUCCGAACCGCUCUGGGGGAGAUUGAUCGGGUGCGAUCUGCGGCUCAAGCUGCCUUCACAGAGGAUGAGGGCGGUAUCUGGUUUGACCGUGCAGAUUUGGCGGGCGUUCCAGAGACUGUGCUUGCAUCCAUGCCUCAACAUGGAACUCGGAUACAAGUGACGUUCCGAAAUGCCCAUUUCACCGCUGUGAUGCGUCACGCAGUCAGCAGUGAGACUCGUCGCCGGUUUGCAGUCGCUGACCAGCACCGUCUACCUGAAAAUGUAACCCGUUUAGCUUCUCUAGUUGCCUUACGUGAUAAGGUUGCUCGUCUCUUGGGGUAUGAACACCAUGCGGCUCUCCAGAUUGUGGAUAAGAUGGCUCCAAGCGUUGACUACGUUGAGGCUCAGUUGGAUAAUCUCCACAGAAGGCUAAAGCCGCUUGCACAGGCUGAGACUGAUAGACUAAUUCAGCUCAAGCAAAGGGACUGUAAAGAGCCUAUAAGUGAGCUAUACUCAUGGGACAGGGCGUAUUAUCUCCACAAGCAAACUCAGGAGAGUUUCUUCGUGGACCAUGAGCUCCUUGCCGAGUACUUUGAGGCCGAUCACACCCUUCAGCGGAUGCUUGAUGUGUUCCACGAGCUUCUUGGUAUCGACUUUAAGCUUCUUGAGACCUCGGUAUGGCACGAGAGCGUCGUGGUAUAUGAAGCCUGGGACUCACCCAGUGAAGGAGGCAGGUUUCUUGGACACUUAUAUGUAGAUCUCUUUGAUAGAGAGGGCAAAUAUCGUGGGGCACACCAUGUUUUGAUUCAGCCGGGUUUUACUGAAUUAAAUGGUGAGAGACACUACCCGGCAUCGGCACUCGUGUGUAGCUUCGCUCAUCCAUCACCAUCUCGCCCAUCUCUGCUCCAACAUAGCGAAGUAAAGACCAUGUUUCAUGAACUUGGACAUGCCAUCCACAACAUCGUUGCCAGAACCAAAUAUGCCAUUCCCCACUCACGAGACUUUAUUGAAAUUCCAAGUAUCAUGCUUGAGAACUGGGUAUGGCUCCCAGACGUAUUAGUCCGUCUUGGUUGCCAUUUCAAGAGUAAACAAGCUCUACCUCAGGAACUAGCAAAGAGUCUUGCACGAACGAGAAAUACAAAUAGAGCUAAUAGCAUCCUGGCUCAAGUCCAGCCAGCUCUCUUUGACCUGGCGAUUCAUAUGCCCCCAACUCAUAAAGCAGCGCUUGAUAUGGACACAACUGAGAUAUGGAACAGAAUGAAAAGAGAUAUCCUCACGCAUAGCUUUGGGCCGAACUCACAGGAUUGGGGAGCUGGACAGGCGCGGUUUGCGCAUAUGUUUCGUAAGAAUGAUGGUAGUUACUUUGCUUAUCCGUUAUCCAUGGUCUUUGCUGCAGAUCUCUUCAGGUCUAAAUUUGCAGGAGAUCCUUUGAAUCCUGCGAUGGGGAGAAGAUAUAGAUAUCAAGUGCUGGAGCCGGGGUCAAGUCAUCCGGAGAUUGAUAUUCUGAAGGGCUUCUUGGGGAGGGAGCCGAGUAGUAAGACUAUUUUGGAUGAGUUGGAUCAGAAUAGUGACGGCUGA